AUUUUACGGGAUUGGAAAUGGCGGCGUUUCACAAGCAUCCGUGUCUGGAUACAUCUCGAUUCUAGAACGACGAGAGGACUUUAUACAUCGAAUCCCCAGCACGAAACACAUUCAAAAUGGAGGAAGCGGAAAUGGGAUUACCUCCCUUGAUAUAUGAUAUUCCUCCUGUAUUCAACACAUCGCUGGCCCGGUCUCUGUACGGAGUGGCAGCGCCCAUUAUCGUCAUCCUUACGUUUAUAAAUAACAUCAUGGUAGUCAUCACGAUGUACUCGGAUCUCCCUAAAAAAGGAUCAGCAUCUCGAAUACAGCACGCUGCUAUCGCGUGUUGUAAUUCUCUCGUCGGAAUCGUCCAACUUCCGGUACACUUUUACUUAUUUGCUGGACCGAAUUUCCCGCCUUCCAUAUCGAAACCGUGGUGUGGGGUUUUCCGGAUAUUAGGCUUUGUACUUCCGCAUAUAUUUCAUACUAUUUCCAUGUGGCAGUUCAUUGGUCUUUCAAUACAGAGAUAUUUAGUGUUUAGAUUUCCGUUUUCCUGUGUUUCUUGGUACAAUAUUGAAAACAUGACAAGACUGGUUAAAGUCAUAUCCGGUGCUGGCGUUUUAGUAAACAUUGUCAAAUUAUUUGACUUUGAAUUAAUUGAUUUCGAUGAAAGUAUUGUAAUGAAUGGCACUGCAUACUCUGUCGGGAAGAUCUUAACGUGCAGGGCGAGGUAUCGUUUUAUCAAUGGUGCGGACGUGUAUGCCGCAUUCUGUGACUGGUUUGUGGCACUUGUCGUCCAUAUAAUCCCGUGUGCCAUCCUCGUUAUAGUGUAUGUGCUGCUCAUAUCUGCCAUUUGUAGAAACAAUACAAGGCGUCAAAAUUUGUCUAAAAACAGUAGGACUGGACGGCGCCAAGCGAAGAAUCAAACAGUCAAAGAAUGUAGUGUCCUGGUCAUCUUAACGUUAUGUCUGCUCGUUGAGAUACCAUCAGCAACCGUUCGCGUCAGACAAAUUAUUUCUGCUAUACCUGACGUCACUUCCGGAGGAGGUGACGAGAUUAUCAUCACUCAUUUUUUCCUUCUAUUGAGUUAUUAUUUCUAUGUGUACAUCUACCUCGUGAUGAAUCAUGACUUUAGAAAGACUUUCUUGUCAAUUGUGCGGAAAUGGCGACCAAUACAACAACGCGAUGCCAUUGAAUUACGGGUGAGGACAAGACAGGUAUGA